CAUCCAGAAAAGCUUCCAGAAAAUCUUUUAAAUCAAUCAACAUAUACUUAUCAGAAGCAAUUUUUAUUUAUAUAUUUCGAUUUCGAUCAAUAAUCAUCAUCAGAGUAAGAAAAGAAAGAAAAAAAAAUGGUGUACAGUUACACACCAACAUACUACUCAUCAAUCCAUGAUACAAUCACUUCUCUAUGUAAAAACAUUAUUCCAUUCUCCUCUGCAUCAUUAAAGAAGAGAAGAUUACAAUCAGCUGAUCAGAAAUUGUCUAAGCAACAAUCAGAUAACCUUAAAUGGCAACAAGAAUCUUUCCACAAAAUCCUCAACUUAAUCGGUCUCAAAAACGAAGGAAUCAUUCAAGAACUCGAGGUAUCCAAUUUUCGAAUUCAAUUGUUAGAAACUCUGAUUACCGCCCCACCUACUCUAGAGAACGCUACAAUGGUCAGAGAUAAAUUGCUGUUUUUACAGGAGCUGUUUUAUGCGAAAUGUAUAUCUGUAGAAGAGUAUCAUUCAUCAAAGAGACCAUUAUUACAGAGGCUUGCAGUUCAAGGAGCUGAGAUUGAGGCUAGAGAUGUUAUUGUAGCUAGAAGACCAUCACCAUCAAUGGAGAAUAAUUUUGAGAAACCAGAAAAAGAAGAAGAAGAAGAAGAAAAAUGGUCUGUUAUUGAUUUCAAGGAUGAUGAAUCUUCUUUGAUGGGAAAAGAAAAUCAAAAUCAGAACAAGAACAAGAAGAAGAGAUCUCCUAAUCCUAUGAAAGAACGGAUCCGAGGAGGAGCAGCAUCAAUGAUCGGUCUCCUUGUUAGCAAAAAAGGAAAAAAAUCAGAUCAAACAGAUCAGUUAUUCGGUGGUGGUUUUCCUUUCCCUGCAAAUGACAAUUCUGGUGGUAACCGCGGUGGUGAACGUUACGAAGAGAACCCAUUUUGGGAAGAUAAAGAAAAUGAUAGCAGAUCUAUUCUUAUGCAGAAUGAAAAUAGACAACAGCUACCAGCAAAAACUGAACAACUCCGGAAGAAAAAACCAUUUGCUAACAAUUGGUUUAGACAGAGAGAACAGAUCAAGCAGGAAGAGAAGGAAAAUCGGGAUUCCAUGGUGAAAAAUGAAAAGGGGAAUAGCAAAUUGAGGGGAUUUGAUGUUGGGUUACAUAAAUGGGAUAGAAUUAACAAUUUGGGGGACGAAGAGGAAAUGGAUGAUGAUAAAUGUACAACACCUCUUACUAAAUCCAAGUACUACUGAUGCAUUUCUAAGCUCAUCCACAACUCCCAGUGUUUGGAGGUAAUUGGACUCAAUUACACUUUAAAGGAUUUUCAAUAGCUAAAAGUAUUCACUCCUUUUUACCUGGUUUAUUGUAAUUUCGGAAGCGUCUUAAAUUUAAUAAAAUCUAGAAUAU